UCAUCACGGGACGCAGAGAUAAGGGAAUCUUGGAAUGUUCUGUGAUUAGGGAAUUAUCUUGUCUUCUUGAUAGUGCUGAUUUGGAUGAGGGAGUUGAUAAGUAGGCAGGGCUAUGGGAGGGCAGAGGAUGGGUGAGGUUGCCAUCCUGUAUUUAAGGGCUACACACACUUGGCACAUUGCAUCUUGGCCAACUAUCUUCCAGGACCAAAAAUGGCUCCAUUGCCUGAAACAGAAAACCAUCUCUAUAAAACACAAGAACUUAGUGAUGUCCCUAAACAGCUCCCACUCUCUACUAGUAAUGCGGCUAAUCCUACUGAAAAUAAUACACCUGACACAGAAAGUCUGCCCCCAGCCUACUCCACUCUCUCCUUAUGCAAUAACACAACAGAAGAAGAUGAGGUGGAUCCUUGGGACAUGCCAGAACUCAAGAGCACAGGACCAAAGUGGUCAGAGAUGAACACAAAGCAGCGGAUUCUGUCAGUGCUGAAGGGAAUAGCAAAACUCAUCAUGCUGCUGGGAUUGCUGUACUUUUUUGUUUGCUCCCUGGACAUCUUGAGCUCGGCCUUCCAGUUAGUAGGAGGAAAGGCUGCAGGAGAUAUAUUUAAGAACCACUCUGUGUUGACCAAUCCGGUGGCUGGCUUGGUUAUUGGCGUCCUUGUGACAGUCUUGGUACAAAGCUCAAGCACAUCCACGUCUAUUGUGGUCAGCAUGGUAUCCUCAGGCAUUUUAACAGUCAGAACUGCUAUCCCUAUCAUUAUGGGGGCCAACAUUGGUACAUCUGUGACAAAUACAAUUGUGGCUUUGAUGCAGUCUGGCGAUCGGAAUGAAUUUAGAAGGGCAUUUGCCGGGGCCACUGUUCACGAUUUCUUUAACUGGUUAUCGGUGCUUGUUCUGUUACCAAUUGAAGCAGCAUCUGGCUAUUUAUUUCAUCUCACCAACGUCAUAGUUGAAUCUUUCAAUAUACAGACUGGAGAGGAUGCACCAGACAUGCUUAAAGUUAUCACAGAGCCACUAACAAAACUAAUCAUUCAGCUUGAUAAAAAUGUUAUACAAGAUAUUGCAAAUGGAUUGGAAACAGCAAGAAACCAAAGCUUGAUAAAGAAGAUGUGCAGCACAGCUGAUAAGGAUCUGGUAAAUAUAACGUUGUCUGGAAAUGAAACUUGCCCACCUUCUAGCCUGUGCUGGACCAAUGAAUAUAACCAAACAGUAACUCAGACAUAUAUAUCUAUAAAAGCGCCUUGCAACCAUAUAUUUGCAACCACUGGUCUCCCAGAUCUGGCUGUCGGACUUAUACUUCUGGCAUUAUCACUAUUUGUGCUGUGCGUCUGUCUGAUUCUGAUUGUCAAGCUGCUGAACUCCAUGCUGCAAGGACAAGUUUCCGUUAUUAUCAAGAAGGUCAUCAACACUGAUUUCCCCUUUCCUUUCUCCUGGUUAACUGGAUACCUGGCAAUGUUAGUUGGUGCUGGAAUGACAUUUAUAGUGCAGAGCAGUUCUGUUUUUACGUCUGCUAUGACACCGCUUAUUGGUAUUGGGGUGAUUAGUAUUGAACGAGCCUACCCACUGACGCUUGGAUCGAACAUUGGCACAACAGCAACAGCCUUACUUGCUGCAUUAGCAAGUCCUGGGGAAAGAUUAAAAUACUCUGUUCAGAUUGCAUUAUGCCAUUUAUUCUUCAAUAUUUCUGGAAUCCUUGUUUGGUAUCCCAUUCCAUUUAUGCGCAUUCCAAUUCGACUGGCUAAGGGGCUUGGGAACAAGACAGCAAAAUACCGUUGGUUUGCAAUUGUAUACUUGAUUUUUGCCUUUUUCAUUAUUCCUUUGACAGUAUUUGGUUUAUCAGUUGCUGGCUGGCAGGCCCUUGUAGGAGUUGCUGUUCCAGUUGUGUUUGUUAUUAUUGUUGUAAUCAUCAUCAGCGUACUGCAGUCAAAAUGCCCCAGAAUACUACCAGACUUUCUAAAAUCCUGGGACUUCCUUCCAAAAUGGAUGCACUCUUUAAAGCCUUGGGACGCAGGAAUCUCAUGGGUCAGUCUGUUUUGUGGACGAUAUGUCUGCUGCUGCUGUAAAAAAUGCAAAUGCUGUAAGUGUAAGUGUUGCCGUAAUUUGGAUGAUGAAGAAACUUCUGUGGACUCUAAACCCGAACCACUGGAAGGCCACGAUAAUUUUGUUGAUAUUACAGAUGAGAUUAAAAUGCCUACACAGGAUGAGAAGUCACAAAACCUUACAGCAUUGUAAAUGAAGACAGUUGAAAGCUGAUGUCAUUGCAAAAAGAACUGACAUUGUUAUAUGUCCAAUAGUAUUUAUGAACACUUUAAAAAUUGUGUCUAGUUGUGUGACUAAACAAUAUCCAAAGAGCAAUAAUGAAACUUUUGAGGUAAAAUUCUUGAGAUUUGGGGAAUAUAAUCAUGACAUCUACUGUAGCUUUUAUAAAAGUGACUAUAUAUACCAGCGCUCUGUUCCUGAGGAAAACACCUAAAUGUCACAUUAGUAUUGAAAAAAAAUUCAAUGCAAUAGUGCAAUAAAUACAUACAAAACAGUAUAUAAACAAAAAAAAAAAACUGUGAAUAUACAACACCAUGACUAUGAACCCAUAUACAUACAGGUUAACCAAAGUUUCUGCUCCCUGGUAUGAAAGUAUCUUUAAAAGGAAUAUACUGUAUAAUAUCUUAAAAAACAGAAAGGUAACAUAACUCUGCUGUACAGUUGAUAUAUAGGGAGUUUCUGCUAUGAAAUGCCUCACAUGUAGGGGAACUUCACUAACUCCAAAUUUAGUGCAAUAUAUUGUAACCAUAAUGUCCAGGCUAAAUUUUCUUCCAUAUCUUUAUGUUUGUGUACAUAUUAUAAUAUGAGGUGUAUAUGUUCAAUUAAUAUAUCUAUAUAUUUUUAUUUAUUUUCUCUACUAUGAAGCAUAUAUUACCCAUCACAUGAUGAACACUCUUUAGCCUUUCGUUUACCUACAGUGAUUCGUAUAGUUUAGCUUGCAAUGUACUGAUAAAAGGGUAGGGUGUGUAAACAUUACACUAAUAAAAUAUUAUAGUACUUUUCCUUCAAAUACAUCAAGUGCAAUGUGCAUUAUCAUUUCCAGCUUGUUGCAUUCUAAUGAGAUUAAAAUAUGGCAAUCAAAUAAAUGACCUUUCAGAUACAAAAUAUUAAUGUCCUGUAACAAGGCUAGAAUUUUAUAUGCUGAUAGUAUACCUUAAAUAAUGCAAAAAUUAAAUUCUCCUCUUUGUUAUAAGCAUGUCAAUUUUGCAUUAGAGUCCCUUACUAAAUAUGUGUUUAACUUACCCAAAUGUGUUUACAAUAUAACUUAAAGGGAUAUUAAACAGUUUGUUUAAUUAUUUUAAUAAAAUAAAGCACCAAGCAGUGCGUUUUAUACUUAAUAGAAAUCAUUAUGUAUUAGUCAUCACUAUGUGCAGCGUACUUUACUUCCUGUCACAGCACUGCAAGGAGGAGGGAGCCUCUGCAGGAAGGCAGAUUAGCACUAAGGGGUAGAUUUAUCAAUGUACGGGCGGACAGGAUCUGCUGUAACGGAUGAAGUCUGCCACACAUCGAUAAAUGCUGACAGCAUACGCCGCUAGCAGGGGGUGUUAAUCAACCCGAUCGUAUCCAAUUGGGCUGAUUGCUGUCCGCCACCUCAGAGGUGGAGGACGAGUUAAGGAGCAGCGGUCUUAUGACCGCUGCUUCUUAACUUACAUUUCCGGCGAGCCAGAAAGUACAGGGGUAGAUAGCCGCAUCCACUGAUUGGUAAAUCUACCCCUUAGUAUUUUGAAGUUUUGCUAGGAGAGUCCUCCCUGUUAGCUGCAAUUAGUUUAUUGCCCAUGUUCAGUAUAGGACUUUUGCUGCAAAAAUCACAUGACCUCAAAUAUAAAGGGACAUUGUACACUAGAUUUAGUUUUGCAUAAAUGUUUUGUAGAUGAUCCAUUUAUAUAGCCCAUCUGGUAGUGUUUUUGUAACAAAUUAUAGUUUUUCUUAUUUUUUAAUACCAUUGUGCUGAUUUUCAGACUCCUAACCAAGCCCAAAAGUUUUAGAUGUAUACUGAUGUCUACAGAUUUCUGCGGCUCCUGUUUGUAUAAUCUGUCUUUUCAUAUGCAGGGGAAGGGGGGCAAGUGUCUGCUGUUCCCUUUUGCUAAACUGGGAACUUCUAAGUAAGUCUUUAAAAGGUUUUAUAGAUCAGUAUCUGAGCAUAUUCUUCUUUAUAGUAGUGUCUAUCACAUGCAGUAAUAGAAAAUGUGGUGUAUACUGUCGCUUUAAGUUGUGUAAUGGUGGCAACCAUAUCUAGCAGUGAGCAGGGCUACACUGAGAAUUUCUAAGUGCUCAUUUAGAAAGAAAGCAAAAAAAGAUGUUUGAUAUUUUGAUUUAACAUAUUUCUUUUUACACAAAGAGCACUGUUUAAUAUCCCUUUAAGUCACAACUUAGUAAAAGUGCUGAGCAUGACACUGCUGGUGAGCCAAUUAGAAGCGGCAUACACAUGUAGCCACCAAUCACUAGCAGCUGAUUUUUUUUACCCUUUACAUGAGUUAAACACAUAUUUAGCAAGGGACACUUUAAGUUUGCAUUACAAUGUUUUUUUAAAGAGAUAUAUCCACUAUUACACAAUGUGCACUUAAAAAUUAUAGGGAGAGGAAUACAGCAUUAAUAAGUGAUAAUUUAGGCACAACCAGCACAACUCUCUUCAGAACUAUGUUUCUUAUAUAAGGAAGCAAUUUCAUUAAACCAAAUACUUUAUUUGCAAUGAUGUCUACCACUGCUGUUUUAGACAUAGCACAUCUAUUGCUGUUUUUCUAAAAUUGUUGUAACUAUGUUGUGAAAUGUAAAUACUCUGUAUAGUGUACUGUGUACACCUCUUUACUGUAAUAUAAUUAAUGUUAUGAAUGUUGUGUAAAUAUAUUAACAAAGCAAAUUAAGCAUUUGCAGGUAAGCUGACAGUUUUUUUUUUAUUGAACUCUCUAUACAUAUAUUAAUAUUUUACAUUGUUGUAGCCUCUGUUUUUUUUACAAACUGAAAAUGUCUAAUUAUCUGGCAAACCAAAAUAAAAAAUAUUCUCAAA